AUGUGGGCCGGUGGGGAUCAAGGAGAGUCUACCAGGGCCGAAAAACGCGUGGGGGCUCCCAAUCGGAGUCACGGCGUCGUGCUCAGGUCUGGCGGCGGACGGAGACGGCGGCGGCUUGGCAACGGCGUCGUGGUACUGCUUGUUGACCGCGUAGUAGAGGCUGUAGGCGGGGAAGGCGUCGUUCAGGCGCUGGUCCAUCUCCGGCGAGUCGAAACCGAAGCCGAGCUCUAUGCAGGCCCUGAGCUCGUCGAGAUCCCCGUCGGUGACGCUCCGGCUCCGCCGCCGUCGGCGAUCGGCCUUCUGCCGGAGCCACGCCUCGUCGCGGUAGGAGUCCGGGGACCACGAGCUCUGCUUGCGCAAGGGUGCCGCCGCGUGAGGCGGCGGGUGCUUCGGCUGGGGAGACAUCGGCGGCGGCCUAUCCCUGCGGCGGAGCUCGGUGGCUCGCGGCAGCGAUUGCCCUUUUUCGGGCGGUGGAGCGUCGCUUGA